AUGUCUCUCACAGUAACCUCCGAAACCCCAAAGAUGCCUUCUGCCUUCUCCCAACCAACCUCCUCAUCCUCCGACGAGCCCGUGACAGCGACCUCCUCUCAAGUUAACAUGGUAAUCCGGCAAGACCCCUUCUACAUAACCCUAGACGCCUCCGCCCUCCUCGCCGUUUCCAUCCUAACCGUCCUGGGGAUGCACUUUGUGCACCGCGCUUUGCUCGAAGCCACCAUCAUCUCCGUGCCCAUCAUGCUGCUCAUCCACAACGACUAUCUCAACUUUCUCAAGCUCGGCCCCGGCGGGACACCCCCGACGCCGUCGGGCUACGCCCGGUUGACUUUUUAUCGCCUGUUCACCAUCCGCGACCCGUUGCAGGCGCCGGAGAGGGAUCCGAGUCAGCUUCCCUCUGCGGGGAUCCUGGCCAUCAAUAAUAACAAUAAUAAUAAUACCAAUGAUCCCACCGGGCACAACGACAACGACAAGGCAGCAGCCUCUGGUGGUCUCCCCUACCGCCCCGGCCCCCGCCCCUCCGUCGCCGGCCUUGCCCCCCAAAGACAACUCAACCAGGCCGGCCCCCUCCCCAUCUACAACGCGCUGCGCAGCUCCCUCGAGUCUCUUGCGCAACGAUACCCUAACCAAUUCGUCACCGCCACGUCUUGCCUAGAAAAACACGGCUUCGCUUUGUUCUCGCGCCACCCCGUAAACGUCUGCGGAAACGGGGAGAUCUGCCAUAUCCAUACGCAUUCUGACAGGAGCAUGCACACGAAUCUGCAUCCGGAUGAUAUCAAGGAGGUGUUGGAGAAGGGGGGUCGUCGUGGUGGUGGUACUUCUGGUGGAAAAAGGGGAGGGAAGGGGGAAUCUUGGUGGUGGUGGUGGCCGGUGAGGAGUCCGGUGCCGGAGACUUUUACUAUGGUUUAUGCACCUAGAGAUGAAAACGACCUACGAAUUGUUUGCAAGAUCAUCGAGGCAGCGAUUUGGUAUACCGCUUGCGAGAAGGUUGAGAUCGUGCCAGAGCCUGUCAAGGCUUCAAAUUGA